GGGAACCUGAACACCUGGGACACCCCAGAACCAGGUUCCCCCAGGCACCAUGCCAGCCCCGUAGUACCACCCACCUCACCCACUGCGGUCUGCUGCACCCUACUGCUGGGACACUGGUUCCAAUGAGACAGGGCACACCAAACUCCACCUGCCAGGCUGUUACUGAGGCGGAGACACGGGUGAUGAUUGGCUUUCUGGGGAGAGAGGAAAUCCUGUGAUUGGUCAGGUCUCCGGAGCUCGCCGACGCCGGGAGAGGACUCUCCCACGGAGGCCGGAAUUGGCUGUGAAAGGCCCUGGGCGACUCUCUGGGAGCAGUGGGCACUCCUGUCAGAGCGGCUGGAGAGGGACCAUCGCCCCAGGGAGCUGGGGCAGGGGGCCGUGCCCGAUCUCCAGGGCUCCUGGGGCCACUGCUGACCUGGCUGGAUGCAUCGGGCAGUGGACCCUCCAGGGGCCCGCGCUGCACGGGAAGCCUUUGCCCUUGGGGGCUUGAGCUGUGCUGGGGCCUGGAGCUCCUGCCCGCCCCAUCCCCCUCCUCGGAGCGCAUGGCUGCCUGGAGGCAGGUGCUCUGCCAGCCUCGGGCAGCCCCCACUCUCUGCUCCCCUACCCCCUUCACACGGCAGUAGCUCUGGGCACCCCAACAAACCGUAUUAUGCUCCAGGGACACCCACCCCAAGACCCCUCCAUGGGAAGCUGGAGUCCCUGCAUGGCUGUGUGCAGGCAUUGCUCCGGGAGCCAGCCCAGCCAGGGUUGUGGGAGCAGCUUGGGCAGCUGUAUGAGUCAGAGCAUGACAGUGAGGAGGCUAUUCGCUGCUACCACAGCGCCCUUCGAUACGGAGGAAGCUUGGCUGAGCUGGGCCCCCGGGUCGGCCGACUCCAGCAGGCCCAGCUCUGGAACUUUCACGCUGGGUCCUGCCAGCACCGACCCAAGGUCCUGCCCCCAUUGGAGCAAGUGUGGAACUUGCUGCACCUUGAGCACAAACGGAACUACGGGGCCAAGCGGGGGGGUCCCCCAGUGAAACGAGCCGCUGAACCCCCAGUGGUGCAGCCCGUGCCUCCCGCAGCACUCUCAGGCCCCUCAGGGGAGGAGGGGCUCAGCCCUGGCGGCAAGCGCAGGAGAGGCUGCAGCUCUGAGCAGACGGGCCUUCCCCCAGGGCUGCCACUGCCUCCACCACCAUUGCCACCACCUCCACCACCGCCCCCACCACUACCCCCUCCCCCACCUCUGCCUGGCCUAGCCACCAGCCCUCCAUUUCAGCUGACCAAGCCAGGGCUGUGGAGUACCCUUCAUGGAGAUGCCUGGGGCCCCGAGCGCAAGGGUUUAGCACCUCCAGAGCGCCAGGAGCAGCGGCACUCACUGCCUCAUCCAUAUCCAUACCCGGCUCCAGCUUACCCUGCUCACCCCCCUGGCCACCGGCUGGUCCCGGCUGCUCCCCUAGGCCCAGGCCCCCGCCCCCCAGGAGCAGAGAGCCAUGGCUGCCCGCCUGCCACCCGUCCCCCCGGAAGUGACCUUAGAGAGAGCAGAGUUCAGAGGUCGCGGAUGGACUCCAGCGUUUCACCAGCAGCAACCACCGCCUGCGUGCCUUACGCCCCUUCCCGGCCCCCCGGCCUCCCUAGCACCAGCAGCAGCAGCAGCAGCAGCAGCAACACUGGUCCCCGUGGCGUGGAGCCGAGCCCAGGCAUUCCCGGCGCUGACCAUUACCAAACGCCUGCGCUGGAGGUCUCCUCUAACCAAGGCCGCCUGGGGCCCUCGGCACACAGUAGUCGGAAACCCUUCCUGGCGGCUCCCGCUGCCACUCCUCACCUGUCCCUGCCACCCGGCCCCACCUCACCUCCUCCACCCUCUUGUCCCCGCCUCUUACGUCCCCCACCGCCCCCUGCCUGGCUGAAGGGCCCAGCCUGCCGGGCAGCUCGUGAAGAUGGAGAGAUCUUAGAGGAGCUCUUCUUCGGGGCUGAGGGACGCCCCCGUCCUCCCCCUCCCCCACUUCCCCACCGCGAGGGCUUCUUGGGGCCUCAGGCCCCCCGCUUUUCUGUGGGCACUCAGGAUUCGCACACCCCUCCCACUCCCCCAACCACCAGCAGCAGCAGCAGCAGCAGCAACAAUGGCAGCCACAGCAGCAGCCCUACUGGGCCUGUGUCCUUCCCCCCACCUCCUUAUCUGGCCAGAAGUAUGGACCCCCUUCCCCGGCCCCCAACCCCAACACUGAGCCCCCAGGACCCACCCCUUGCACCCCUGACUCUUGCCCUGCCUUCAGCCCCUCCCUCCUCUUGCCACCAAAAUACCUCAGGAAGCUUCAGGCGCCCGGAGAGCCCUCGGCCCAGGGUCUCCUUCCCAAAGACCCCCGAGGUGGGGCCGGGGCCAUCCCCAGGCCCCCUGAAUAAAACCCCCCAGCCUGUGCCGCCCAGGGUGGGGGAGCUGCCUGCCCGAGGCCCUCGACUUUUUGAUUUCCCUCCUACCCCUCUGGAGGACCAGUUUGAGGAGCCAGCUGAAUUCAAGAUCCUACCUGAUGGGCUGGCUAAUAUCAUGAAGAUGCUGGAUGAAUCCAUUCGCAAGGAGGAAGAGCAGCAACAACAGGAGGCAGGCGCGGUCCCCGUCCCCCCGCCUCCUCUGAAGGAGCCCUUUGCAUCUCUGCAGCCUCCGUUCCCCACCGACACAGCCCCAGCCACCACUGCUGCCGCUGCCGCCACCGGCACCACCACCACCACCACCACCACCACGGCCACCCAGGAAGAGGAGAAGAAGCCACCAGCCCUGCCGCCGCCACCGCCUCUAGCCAAGUUCCACCCCCCACCCCAGCCACAGCAGCCGCCACCCCCGCUCCCCCCACCAGCCAGCCCGGCCAGCCUGCUCAAGUCCUUGGCCUCCGUGCUGGAGGGACAAAAGUACUGUUACCGAGGGACUGGAGCCGCUGUUCCCACCCGGCCUGGGUCCUUGCCCGCCACUCAGUAUUCCCCUGGUCCCUCAUCAGGUGCUACCGCCCCACCACCCACCUCAGCGGCCCUGAGCGCCCAGGGCUCCCCACAGCCCUCUGCUUCCUCGUCAUCUCAGUUCUCUACCUCAGGCGGGCCCUGGGCCCGGGAGCGCAGGGCCAACGAAGAGCCAGCCCCAGGCCCCAUGGCCCCCGCCCCGCCGCCCCCACCCCUGCCUCUGCCCCCUGCUCGCUCUGAGUCUGAGGUGCUAGAAGAGAUCAGUCGGGCUUGUGAGACCCUUGUGGAGCGGGUAGGCCGGAGCGCCACAGACCCGGCAGACCUGGUGGACACAGCAGAUGCAGCGGACAGUGGAGUUGAGCGAUUGCUGCCUCCAGUUCUGGCCAAGGAGGAGAGCGUUGGGGUGGCAGCUGCGGCAGGACCGGGGAGCAGCAAGCGGCGGCAGAAGGAGCACCAGAAAGAGCACCGGCGCCACAGGCGGGCCUGCAAGGACAGUGUGGGGCGGCGGCCCCGUGAGGGCAGGGCCAAGACCAAGGCCAAGGGCCCCAAAGAAAAGAGCCGCAGGGUGCUGGGGAACCUGGACCUGCAGAGCGAGGAGAUCCAGGGUCGUGAGAAAGCCCGGCCGGAUCUUGGUGGGGCCUCCAAGGCCAAGCCACCCACAGCUCCAGGCCCUCCACCGGCUCCUGCCCCCUCUGCCCAGCCCACACCGCCGGCAGCCCCUGCCCCUGGGAAGAAGGCUCGAGAGGAAGCUCCAGGGCCACCAGGGGUCAGCCGGGCUGACAUGCUGAAGCUGCGCUCGCUCAGUGAAGGGCCUCCCAAGGAGCUGAAGAUCCGGCUCAUCAAGGUAGAGAGCGGUGACAAGGAGACCUUCAUCGCCUCUGAGGUGGAAGAGCGGAGGCUGCGGAUGGCGGACCUCACCAUAAGCCACUGCGCUGCUGACGUUGUGCGUGCCAGCAAGAACGCCAAGGUGAAAGGGAAGUUUCGUGAGUCCUACCUAUCCCCUGCCCAGUCUGUGAAACCGAAGAUCAACACUGAGGAAAAGCUGCCGCGGGAAAAACUCAACCCACCCACACCUAGCAUCUAUCUGGAAAGCAAACGGGAUGCCUUCUCGCCGGUGUUGUUACAGUUCUGUACAGAUCCUCGAAAUCCCAUCACCGUGAUCCGGGGCUUGGCAGGCUCCCUGCGGCUCAACUUGGGCCUCUUCUCCACCAAGACUCUGGUGGAGGCGAGCGGGGAGCACACGGUCGAGGUGCGCACCCAGGUGCAGCAGCCCUCGGAUGAGAACUGGGAUCUGACGGGCACACGGCAGAUCUGGCCCUGCGAGAGCUCCCGUUCCCACACCACCAUCGCCAAGUACGCGCAGUACCAGGCGUCAUCCUUCCAGGAAUCUCUGCAGGAGGAGAAGGAGAGUGAGGACGAGGAGUCAGAGGAGCCGGACAGCACCACAGGAACCCCUCCUAGCAGUGCACCAGACCCGAAGAACCAUCACAUCAUCAAGUUUGGCACCAACAUCGACCUGUCCGAUGCUAAGCGGUGGAAGCCCCAGCUGCAGGAGCUGCUGAAGCUGCCCGCCUUCAUGCGGGUCACCUCCACGGGGAAUAUGCUGAGCCACGUGGGCCACACCAUCCUGGGGAUGAACACGGUGCAGCUGUACAUGAAGGUGCCUGGCAGCCGAACGCCAGGCCAUCAGGAGAACAACAACUUCUGCUCGGUCAACAUCAACAUUGGCCCCGGAGACUGCGAGUGGUUCGCGGUGCACGAGCACUACUGGGAGACCAUCAGCGCCUUCUGCGACCGGCACGGCGUGGACUACCUGACGGGUUCCUGGUGGCCAAUCCUGGAUGACCUCUAUGCUUCCAACAUCCCUGUGUACCGCUUCGUGCAGCGCCCCGGAGACCUGGUGUGGAUUAACGCGGGCACCGUGCACUGGGUGCAGGCCACCGGCUGGUGCAACAACAUCGCCUGGAACGUGGGGCCCCUCACCGCCUAUCAGUACCAGCUGGCCCUGGAACGAUAUGAGUGGAAUGAGGUGAAGAAUGUCAAAUCCAUUGUGCCCAUGAUUCACGUGUCCUGGAACGUGGCUCGCACGGUCAAAAUCAGCGACCCCGACUUGUUCAAGAUGAUCAAGGAUGUGUCGGGCGGUGACCGGGGAGGCCCGGCCCGCCCCACCAUCCCCUCGCCCCGCCCGCAGGUUCUGCCUCCUCCAGUCCAUGAAGCACUGCCAGGUGCAGCGGGAGAGCCUGGUGCGGGCCGGGAAGAAAAUUGCCUACCAGGGCCGGGUCAAGGACGAGCCCGCCUACUACUGCAACGAGUGCGACGUGGAGGUGUUCAACAUCCUGUUCGUGACGAGCGAGAACGGCAGCCGCAACACGUACCUGGUGCACUGCGAGGCGUGCGCGCGGCGCCGCAGCGCGGGCCUGCAGGGCGUGGUGGUGCUGGAGCAGUACCGCACCGAAGAGCUGGCGCAGGCCUAUGACGCCUUCACGCUGGCCCCCGCCAGCACAACGCGAUGAGGCCGGACGCCCCGCCCGCCCGCCCGCCCGCAGGGCGCCGCGGGGCCACCAGCACACGCCUGGGCUGGACCUAGGUCCCGCCUCUGGCCGGGAAGGGGGUCGGGCCUAGCCCUUCCACCCCAUUGGCAGCUCCCCUCACUUAAUUUAUUAAGAAAAAAUAAUUUUUUUUAAACAAAUAUGAGGAAAAAAGGAAAAAAAAUGGGAGACGGGGGAGGGGGCUGGCAGCCCCUCGCCCACCAGCGCCUCCCCUCACCGACUUUGGCCUUUCUAGCAACAGACACAAGGACCAGGCUCCGGCGGCGGCGGGGGUCACAUACGGGUUCCCUCACGCCUGCCAGCCGCCCGCCCGCCCGCCCGCCCGGCGCAGACGCACGCGGCUCGCGUAUGUACAUAGACGUUACGGCAGCCGAGGUUUUUAAUGAGAUUCUUUCUAUGGGCUUUACCCUUUCCCCAGAACCUCCUUUUUUACUUCCAAUGCUAGCUGUGACCCCUGUACGUGUCUCUUGUUUAUUCACUUGGUUAUGAUUUGUAUUUUCUGGGUUUUUUGUUUGUUUUUGUUUUUUGGUUUUUAAUUUAUAACAGUCCCACUCACCUCUAUUUAUUCAUUUUUGGGAAAACCCGACCUCCCGCACCCCAAGCCAUCCCGCCAGCCCCUCCAGGGACCGCCCGCUGCCGGGCUCUCCCUGGCCCCUAGUGUGUGUCCGGGCCCGGCCCGACCGUCUCCGCCCGUCCGCCCGCCCGCUCGCGGCUCCAGCCGGGUUCUCAUGGUGCUCAAACCCGCUCCCCUCCCCCUGCGUCCUGCACUUUCUCGGACCAGUCCCCCACUCCCGACCCGACCCUAACCACGCCUGAGGGUGAGCGACUCCUGUACUGUAGGGGAAGAAGUGGGAACUGAAAUGGUAUUUUGUACAAAAAAAAGAAAAAAGAAAAAAAUUUUAAAGUUUUAAAGAAAGAACUAUGAGGAAAAGGAACCCCGUCCUUCCCAGCCCCGGCCAAUUUUAAAAACAUGGACCUUCCCCUCACCACCCCACCCUCCCCUGUUUUCUUUUUAAGCGUGAAACAGCCCAGGCCAGGGCCUCACUGGGGCAGGGACACCCCGGGAUGAGUUUCUCUGGGGCUUUAUUUUCGUUUUGUCGGUUUUUUGUUUUUUCUCCUCCACGCUGGGGCUGCGGAGGGGUGGGGGAUUUACAGUCCCGCCCCCUCGCACUGCACUGUCUUUCUGCCCCAGGGGCAGAGGGGUCUUCCCAACCCUACCCUUAUUUUCGGUGAUUUUUGUGUGAGAAUAUUAAUAUUAAAAAUAAAAUCAGAAAAAAAAAUCCUGUUUCGGUAAAGUGCUAGUGGUAGCAGGGAGAGCCCUGGGAGGAGGGCAGCGAGACCGUGAUUGAUGGGGAGGGAC